AUCUGCUGGAAAAAUUUUGGUGUGGGUGUGUGUGAAAUAGAGGCAGUCUGGAGAGUGACAGUGAAAGAAGUUUGUUUCUUUUUUUUUUAACGGAGUGGAGAGAUAUACACCCCUCUGGGGCUUUAGUGAGAACCGGGAAUUCCAGGAGAAGAGUUGCAUUCAGAAACGUUGAAGUGAAAAAUCCUCCUGGCUCAGCAUCUUGGAGUUAAGCUCACAAGAACCUUUUACAUCUGAGAGAAUUAGUUUCUGAAAACAUCUUUUUUGGCCAGUGUGGAUUGCGAAGGAUGGCAUAAUGCUAAACACCAUUCUCCUGAAACUGCUUCAGGCGUUUAAAAUUUAACUCGAAGCAUCAUGUGUUUGCCAUGAUGAGGACUACGGAGAACUUCGACGAGACCAGAGCCACACUAACCCCUAACAGGACCUCCAGGGGCCGGUACAUUUAUCUGGAAGCGUUCCUGCAGGGAGGAGCUCCCUGGGGUUUUACUUUGAAAGGUGGUUUGGAGCACGGAGAACCAUUAAUCAUCUCUAAGAUCAAAGAAGGGGGCAAAGCGGACCUGGUGAGCUCCAGACUGCGGGCUGGAGACGAGGUGGUGAACAUCAACGAGGUGGCACUGAGCAGCUCCCGGAGGGAGGCCGUUUCCUUGGUGAAAGGAUCCUACAAGACCCUGCGGCUGGUGGUGCGCAGAGAUGCAUGUGCAGACCCAGGCCCUGCAGACACUGGCACCUCUGACUCCUUCGGCCCAGAGCACCUCACCUCUGACCCCCAGCACAGGAAAGUGGCAUGGUCAGGAGGGGUUAAACCUCGGCUGAAGCACAGACGCACUGAACCUGCAGGCCGGCCCCACUCUUGGCACUCGACCAAACUUGGGGAGAACCAACCUGAUGCCAGCAUGAUGCAGAUAUCUCAGGGCGCGAUUGGCACGCCUUGGCCCCAGGGCUACCACUCCAGCUCCUCGACCAGUGACCUCUCUGGCUAUGACCACGCGUAUCUGAGGCAGAGCCCCGACCGGUGCAGCUCCCAGGGGAGCAUGGAGAGCCUGGAGCCCGGCAGGGGAUACCCACCCUGCCACCUUCUCUCCCCGGCCAAGUCCACCAGCAGCAUUGACCAGCUCAGCCACCUCCACAGCAAGAGAGACUCGGCCUACAGCUCCUUCUCCACCAGUUCUAGCAUCCUCGAGUAUCCACCUGGCGUCUCUGGCCGGGAGCAUUCGGGCUCCAUGGACACCACUUCUGCUCGAGGUGGCCUCCUAGAAGGGAUGAGGCAGGCAGAUAUUCGCUAUGUUAAGACGGUCUAUGACCCCCGGAGGGGGGUCUCAGCAGAGUAUGAGGUGAACUCUUCAGGGCUGCUUCUCCAAGGUAGGGAGACUCGCGCCUCGGCUGAUGGUCAGGGCUACGAUAAAUUCCAUAAUGUUCCUCGAGGCAAAGGCGCGCCACCCUCUUCUUGGAGCCAGCAGUGCUCCGGUUCCUUAGAGACCGCUGUGGACAACUUGCCUCCUAAAGUGGGUGCGCCCCUGCCCCCAGCUCGAAGUGACAGUUAUGCAGCCUUCCGGCAGCGAGAGCGGCCCAGCUCCUGGUCUAGCUUAGAUCAGAAACGGUUCUGCCGGCCUCCGGCAAACUCGGCAGGCACCCUGAAAUCUCCCUUCUUAGAGGAACAGCUGCAUACUGUGCUAGAGAAGAGCCCAGAAAGCAGCCCUCCAGUGAAGCCCAAGCACAGUUACACCCAGAAGGCCCAGCCCGGCCAACCUCUGCUGCCGACUGGCAUCUACCCGGUACCUUCCCUGGAGCCACACUUCGCCCAGGUGCCCCGGCCUUCUGUGAGUGGAAAUGGUACCCUCUACCCUGCCCUGGCCAAGGAGGGUGGGUACACACCUCCUCAGGGAGCGUGCGACAGAAUGGCUGCCCUUGAUGAGAAUGGGAACCAGAACGGAUCUAGCAGGCCUGGCUUCGCCUUCUGCCAGCCCCUAGAACGGGACUCAGUGUCCCUAGUAGAGAGGAAACCUGAAACGUCAGCCAAAUGUGUCGCCUAUAAAGUCCAUUUUCCCUCAGUGCCUGAGAAGGAGGAGACCUCCCAGAAGAGACUUCUCACACCUCUAGAAGGCCACAGCCCACGUCCCAGCGAGAGAAAGAGCACCCAGGGCAACAAAUAUUCUAAUUACCACAGCCUCCAAUCCCCUCAGGUUCAGGCGUGGCAAGUGGGUGAAGACAAGAGACCCUUCCUGCCCUCAGAGCCUUGGGAGGGGGAUUCCCACGAAGACCACAAUGCCAACCUCUGGGGGAGGUUCCACAGAGGCAGCCUGGGCCAGAGUGUGCCAGGCAGCUUCAGCAAGACUGCCGCUCCCUUCUCCUCCCUCCAGAACAUUCCUGAGAGUCUAAGAAGGCAAAGCAGCCUGGAUCUCGGAGGAGCAGCCCAGGAAGUCUAUCUGGAAGACUCAUCUGCCUGCGCAGUCGAUACCAAGGGAGAAGAGUCUGGGAGGACUCCUGUUGCUGAUCCCAAGAGCCAGCUGGACAGGUCGGUGUCCUAUCCAAGGCCUGAGGGGAGAACCUUGGCCUCAUUCCACAGUUCAGACCCAACGUAUGAAGAGCCGCCCUCCCCAUCCCCACAGGAGACCUCCAGUCUGGGCCGGAGGAGGCUGAGUUCCAGCAGCAGCUCCGCUCUGCAGGGCUUUCAUGGGAAGCCCCACUGCUCCGUGCUGGAGAAAGUUUCCAAGAUCGAGCAGCGAGAGCAGGCUGGCCAGAGGCCCCCGAGUGCCGGCGGCUCUACUUACGGCUUUAACUACAGGCCCCACAGGACACUCCCAGCCUCCAGUACUUUGGGGAAUGACUCGGAGGAGACUAAAGGCCGUAUACAUUUUUCCGAACCCACUGAACCCCUAGGCAAUGGAGAGCAGCACUUCAAAAACGGGGAGCCAAAGUCAGAAGAGGUUUCCUGGCAGCCGUGUGGUCAACAGCCAAGGCGGGCUGCGGAGGGUGGCCGGGGUGCCCCACUCCGGGGCGGGGAGCCCCCGAGGCGGGACGCCCGUCUGCUCCGCAGCCAGAGCACCUUCCAGCUCUUCAGCGAGGCCGAGAAGGAGGCCAUGUGGUCGGACGACAGGCCCCGCACGCCCGAGUCGCCCGUGCAGGACGCCCCCUUCAGCCGCGCCUACCGGAACAGCAUCAAGGAUGCGCAGUCCCGCGUCCUGGGCGCCACGUCCUUCCGACGCCGGGACCUCGAGCCCGGGACGCCCGUGGCCUCCAGGCCCUGGCGCCUGCGACCCGCCUCGGCCCACGUGGGGCUGCGCAGCCCGGAGGCGCCAAUUUCCGCCUCCCCGCACACCCCGCGCGAGCGGCACAGCGUGACCCCGGCCGAGGGGGACCCGGCCCGGCUCGCGCCCCCCGCCGCCCGGAGGGGCCCGCGCCGGCAUCUGACCCCCGAGCAGAAGAAGCGCUCAUACUCGGAGCCCGAGAAGAUGCACGAGGUGGGGGUCUCGGAGGAACCCGAACCCGAGCCCCCUGGGCCGCCGAGGAAGGGGCCGCAUUUUGUGGAGGGCUCGGUGACCGACCGGCGCCGCAUCUUCGAGCGAGAGGGCAGAGCGUGCUCGACCCUCAGCCUGUCGGGCCCCGAGCUAAAGCAGUUCCAGCAGAGCGCGCUGGCCGACUACAUUCAGCGCAAGACCGGCAAGCGGCCCGCGGGCGCCGGCUGCGGCCUGCAGGAGCCCGGGCGGCUGCUGGAGCGCGCCCAGAGCACCUACCUCCUGCCCGAGGGCCCGGGCCUCGCCUCGGCUUCCAGUUUCUGCUCGCUUCGGGAGCCCAGCCUGCCGCCCCGCAGGGAGACCGCCCUUCUGCCAGCCACUGCGGUGGGGAGUGCUGGGGAGACCCAGCGGGCCUCCCGAGAUCGCAGCAGCUCCUUUGCCGGCGGCCGCCACCUUGGGGAAAGGCACCGCGGCGACCCAGCGCCAAGAGAACUGCUCGGUGGAGCUAACAGUGGAUCAAAGGGCCCCCAGAGACUGAACGGGACCCCAGGGGAGCCCUCCCCGUGGGGGGCCACGGCUGGGAGGGCUGCAAAGUCCAUGUCGGCCGAGGACCUGCUGGAGCGCUCGGAUGUCCAGACUGCCCCUGUCCACGUGAGGUCACGGUCAUCUCCCACCGCAGACAAGCGCCAGGAUGUGCUUUUGGGGGAAAACAAUGACUUUGGUCUCAUGAAGGAUCCGUGUUACUUGGCUGGCCCAGGUUCCAGGCCAUUCAGCUGUUCCAGCCGUGAAGAGAUGCCAGCGCUCAGACACCAUCCCAGCCCUCACUGGGGGGAUUCGGGCUGCAAAGCAGGUAGUGGUGGUACCUCUGUGCCCAACGGGGGUCCGGGGCCACUGGACCCUCCGAGACAGGCCAGCAGAACGCCUUGCCCUCCGCCACUGUCCUCGGGAGCUCACAGGCAUCUUCCAGACGCCAGGGCUGCACCUCUGAGCUCAGUCCUGCCAGCCCCUGGCCCUUCGAGCUAUUGCUCACAGGCCGCAGCCCAGCCCUCCACACCAGCUGGGACCCCCAGAAGUGGUGGCGGCCACAGCCCGGCCCAGCCUCCUAGCCCUGAGCGUGGGAUGGAAGAGCGCGCAGGGAUGCGGGCCUCCCCGCCCUGGAUGAAGCGGACCUAUACGGUCAGAGAGGAGAGCCUCUCCGAGGACCCCCCGAAGCACUAUCCCAAGCCACGGGAUGCCCCCAGCUCGAGCAGCACUUCUGACCCGGAUACGCCUCUCAGGGCCCCAGGCAUGCUGGGCAGGAUUUCCCUCCGGAUCUCCGAGUCGGCCUUGCUGGCUUCCCCGCCACCUCGAGAGGACUGUGAGGACGACGAGGUGUUUGUGAGGGACCCACGCCCCACCAUCACUUCCAGCGCCCGCUGCGAUGACCUGCUGCCGCUGCCCCAGCCACCAACAACCAGCCAGGCAUCCCCGGCCCAGGGCCUGGACCACUUCCCUCCGCCUCCCCCCGAAGCUGUGUGCCCGGCCCAGUGGGAGGAGGGCUACCUGGAGCCCUGCGCCAGCUCCAGCAAACUUGCCAAGGUGACAGUUGCCAAGGAAAGGUCCAUGCCUGGUGCAGCCCUUCUGGUUGAUAAUCAGCUGCUGGGUUCCAGAUCGCAAACUUCAGGCAAGAGUUUCGAGGCCAAGGAGACCAACCCGCCCUCCACCACGGGUGCUCUGUCCCAGCCUGCUGGGUCCCUAAGCAAGCAGCCAAGCCCAGGCCAGCCACCUCCCACACAGACCCACAGCCUCAUCCACGAGCCAGCCAGUGGGACUGCAGGUUUAGAAAAGCAUGUCAGUUCUGGUCCUCAGAAGACCUCAGAAGACAUCAGAACAGAGACCCUGGCCAAGGAAAUUAUCCACCAAGACAAAUCUCUGGCAGACAUUUUGGACCCAGACUCCAGAAUGAAGACAACUAUGGACCUGAUGGAAGGUUUGUUUCCUCGAGAUGUUAAUUUGCUGAAGGAAAACAGCAUAAAGAGGAAGGCCGUGCAGAAAACCAUUAGCUUCCCAGGAUGUGAGACCAAGAGGAGUGACGACAAGGAAGCGGUGGGCAUGUUGGUCAACUGUCCUGCCUACUACAGCGUGUCUGCUCCCAAGGCCGAGCUUCUAAACAAAAUCAAGGCUAUGCCGGAAGAGGUGAAUGAGGAAGAGGAGCAGGCAGACAUCAACGAAAAGAAGGCGGAGCUGAUCGGAAGCCUCACCCACAAGCUUGAGACCCUCCAGGAAGCCAAGGGGAGCCUGCUGAUGGACAUCAAGCUCAAUAACGCCCUGGGGGAGGAGGUGGAGGCCUGGAUCAGUGAGUUCUGCAAGCCCAAUGAGAUCGACAAGUACAAGAUGUUCAUCGGGGACUUGGACAAGGUGGUGAACCUGCUCCUGUCGCUCUCGGGGCGCCUGGCCCGCGUGGAGAACGUGCUCAGCGGCCUCGGUGAAGACGCCAGCAACGAGGAAAGGAGCUCACUCAACGAGAAGAGGAAGGUCCUGUCUGCUCAGCACGAGGAUGCCCGGGAGCUCAAGGAGAAUGUGGAUCGGAGGGAGCGUGUGGUGCUGGACAUCCUGGCCAAUUACCUCUCCGAGGAGCAGCUCCAGGAUUACCGGCAUUUCGUGAAAAUGAAGUCGACACUCCUCAUCGAGCAGCGGGAGCUGGACGACAAGAUCAAGCUGGGCCAGGAGCAGGUCAGGUGCCUGCUGGAGAGCCUUCCCUCAGACUUCGUGCCCAAGGCGGGGGCCCUGGCUCUGCCCCCAGGCCUUACCGGCGAUGUGACUGCCGUGGGGGGCUGGACUGGCCGUGGUGGUUUCCCAGCAGUGACCUCCCCACUUUAACCUCUUCUCCAGUACCCACCCCAAAGACUGCCCCUUCUCUCAACACUAUUUAAUCUGAAAAAUGUUUCAGUACGAGCCGCCCAUUAAGCUCUGUGGGUUAUUGGUUUUUUUUUUUUUUUCUGGAUAAAAGGAAAAAAUUCCAUCCAGGAAAAAGCCUGUCCUCCUCCUUCUCGCCCUUCAUGAUUGAUCUCCCGAGGGCUUGAAUGCCACUGGGAGGUGACCCCCUUUCUAUCAUUACUUCGUAGUAGAAAGAAAAUUAAUGGAACUGUGAGCACAGAUCGGAGGGUGUCUGAUUGGUCGUUUAGUUUUUCACAGGCUGAGGCAACACGGAUCCGUGGGAAUCACCCUCAGGACCGCAUCCACAGUGGCCUUCCCUGCCUGUGGCAGUGCUUCCUGAUGACAAGUACGGGUACUUAUCAGUGAAGGGCCUGCGACGUAACGCCUUAAAGAGAAACACACCCGGGAGAAAACUGUCCAGCCUUGAACACUGUUAUUUAUAUUUUUAAAAAUGAAAAAGAUCAUUGUGUGCUAACCACUUACUUGAUUCUGUUCUGUGGUGGAUGUAGACAGUUAUGUUUGAGCUUUGUAUUUUGUGAGAACCUUAAUGAAACGAAGAAUUCCAAA